CAAAUCCAAGAGCCUAGCCAUUGUAACAUGAUUUUAUUACAAGUGCAGCACGAUUAUAACGAGCUCCAAUAUCACAAUCAGCUGCUGCUAAAUCAGCAUUUCGGCACUCGGGCAAGAACACGCCGCGGCCUUGUCAACGCGGUCGGCUCCAUAGCCAAUACAUUAUUUGGAGUACUCGACCAAAGUUUCGCUGAUAAAUACCACCGUGAUAUUGAGAUUAUAAAUAGCAACGAAAAGCACCUAUUACAGCUUUGGAAAAACCAAACGUCAGUAGUAGAAGCUGAGUAUAAUGUUCUGAAACGAACUGAGAAGACUAUUGACACUCAGUAUAAGCUCAUAAAUAGACAUCUAAACCAAUUAGAUCAAGCCACUAAGCAAAUACAAUUGCAAGGUGAAAGUACAUCAAUGAUACAAGAAUUCACUCUCGCAGCCAUGGCUACGACAAACAUGAUACACAACUUAAAGCGUGUCCAAGAUACUUUAAUCGACACCUUAGCGGAUAUUUAUCAUAGUAAAAUUAACAUACAUCUACUUACUCCAGAGCAGCUCAGCAACGAACUUCAAAUCAUUUCCGGUCAAAUAUCAAAAGAACUUACUUUACCCAUCAACAACAUCCAGUCCGAUUUAUACAAAAUCUACAAGCACCUAAACAUCAAGGCGAGAAUAAGUAAGGAGUACUUCAUAUUUGAGAUCUCCGUACCACUCAUUAGCAGAGACAGUUUCCAACUGUACCGCUUAAUACCUGUUCCUCUCCAGGUGGGAAAGGACAUGAUCAGCAUUAUUCCCCUCACAGAUUACAUAGCAACUAAUCUGAUGAGGGACUCCUUUAUCGAAGUAAAGAACGACGAUCUUCAAACCUGCACCUAUCAGGAUGAAGAUUAUAUCUGUCAGUUACGAGGUCCAAUCAAGCGACUGGGUCCAGAAGAAAACUUCUGUCAAACCGAACAAAUAGGUAUCUGCCAGCCUAAGAAAGAAACCUGCAAGAAUAUGUGGUUACAAUUACACGACCUAUCGUCUUAUUUGUAUUUCGCAUGCGAUACCUACUCAUUUACAAUCAUAUGUGACAAUGAAACCCGAACACGCCGCGUCAGCAAGGCCGGGCUCAUUCAACUCGAUAAAGAAUGCAUAGCUAAGGGCCGUGACAUAACACUUUAUUCAUAUCAGCAGGAAAACAAGCUGACCUUAAAACCUGACCUAUUAUUAGCGAAUAUAGCUCCAAUACAACACCAUCAUUUGGUCAAUAUUACGCUACCGCUUCUCGAAAUAACAACAGAGGAUGCACAGAUCAACGACACACUAACUCGUCUCGGCGAUCAGAUAGCCGCUAUGAAGAAAGCAGCUUUAGAAGAAGGAACAUUAACUACGCAUGAUAUACAUCACUAUGCCAUAUCAUACGUAUUGCUAGCAGCAGUCGUCGCAGUCGUAGCGUUCCUGGUAUUCCUGUGGUGGCGAGGCAAGCAAGCCUCACCCGCACCCGCGCGUGACCCCCAGGCUCCAAGCGAGCCGGCCGCGCCGCGGGCGGCGCCUACCAGCAGUGUGAGUGUUAGUGAUAGUGCGCGUAAAUCACCCGUGCCCGAGCAAGGGCCCAGUGUUUGUGUGACCAAACGGUGGUCUAGUUUACGGUACGCAAGAGACAAAUCAACAUCACCUAUCAGUAAAAGACAAUCGGUCUUUACAGUAGAUCUAGAUAGGGAUUAGCUAUCACUUAGGAUAAGAACAUUCAGCAUUGUAUUAACCUUCAUUUAGCAUAAACAAAUACUGGUUCACCCAUGUACUACUAACCCCCUUAAUUGUGUAAUCAUCUCAUCUCAUCUCUCCCAUAUCUUCCCCUCGGGAGCAUGUUCGAUACUCAUCGAACACAUCAUCAUCAGCAGUCUUGACUCAAGUAGGUCGCGCGGCCGCACCAGCGGAAAAGCGUGAGCUACACGAGUCAGUGCGCGAUCGAUCGGCAUACUUGUAGCACUCAUUAUCAUUAUUAGCAUUAAUUAGCGUAAAGUGUCGGAAUAAACGAACUCUGAAUCUUAGCUCAGCCUUAUCAUUUAGCACCCGAAAUAUCUAGCAGCACGAACUUUAC